UUCUAACAAGAAGCGAAAACAUUUCCGCAUGCUGGUCAGGUUGUAGUUUUGUUUUCAAGUUCCUUUGGCCAUGAUGUGGGGGGCUAGGGGAAAGGAUCGCGCCUCUCCGUCCCCGGUCAAGUGACAUGGCUCUUGCUUUAGUCCUAUAAAUUGUGUUAAAGCCCCUAGCUCCUCUGCGGGCGCGCCUCCUGGUAUUAAUGACACGAGUGGAUAGUUCUUCUCUCUCUCUCUCUAAGCUCCAGUUACCAUUCUGUUUUUUCCCUCCUUCCUGUUACUACGCAAAGAACUCCAGCGAUUCCCUCUUGCAGAUUUGAUGUGAGACUGUGUGUGCGUGAGUGUGUGUGUGAGAGAGUGAGAGAGAGAGUGAGAGAGAGAGAGAGAGAGAGAAUGUGUAUAUGCACCUAAACCAGAUAAUUGGAAAGGGUUUCCAGAAGGUGGAAAAUGUCACCUGAUUCACAGUGAACUUUUUAAAUCUCCCCACCCCCGAACACACACACACAUUAGGAGACCGCCCACCGCAGACAGCUAAGACCCCCUUAUAGAUUUAAAGAGAGACUGCUUUGGGAGGCUGACGUUCAUUCAAUAGAGCGAUCAUAAGCAGACUGACUAGUGCUCUCUGUCUCUCUGUCUUUCUCUCUCUCUCUCUUUCUCUCUGCUCCACUUGAUAUUGUUUCUGUCUCUUUCACUCGCUGGUAUACUGAGGAUGUUAAAUCAGAGAAUCCACCCGGGCAUGCUUUUAUUCCUGAUGCUUCUGUGCCACUUCAUGGAAGAUCACACAGGACUGGCUGGGAAUUGUUGGCUCCGGCAGGCAAAGAACGGCCGCUGCCAGGUCCUCUAUAAGACUGAUCUGAGCAAGGAGGAGUGCUGCAAAACGGGCCGGCUAACCACUUCAUGGACUGAAGAAGACGUCAACGACAACACGCUUUUUAAGUGGAUGAUUUUUAACGGUGGUGCCCCAAACUGUAUCCCAUGCAAAGAAACGUGUGAGAACGUGGACUGUGGACCUGGGAAGAAAUGUAAAAUGAACAAGAAGAACAAACCUCGGUGUGUUUGUGCUCCGGAUUGCUCUAAUGUCACUUGGAAGGGUCCUGUGUGUGGCUUAGAUGGGAAAACCUACAGGAACGAGUGUGCUCUCCUCAAAGCCAGAUGUAAAGAGCAACCCGAACUUGAAGUCCAAUAUCAGGGCAAAUGCAAAAAGACCUGCAGGGAUGUUUUAUGUCCAGGCAGUUCCACGUGUGUGGUUGAUCAAACUAAUAAUGCCUACUGUGUGACAUGUAAUCGGAUUUGCCCGGAGCCUACUUCCCCUGAACAGUAUCUCUGUGGGAAUGAUGGAAUAACAUAUGCUAGUGCUUGCCACCUGAGAAAGGCUACCUGCCUACUGGGCAGAUCCAUUGGAUUAGCCUACGAGGGAAAAUGUAUCAAAGCCAAAUCCUGUGAAGAUAUCCAGUGCAGUGCUGGGAAGAAAUGUUUGUGGGAUUUCAAGGUUGGCAGAGGUCGAUGUGCCCUCUGUGAUGAGCUGUGCCCUGAAAGCAAGUCAGAUGAAGCAGUCUGUGCCAGCGAUAACACUACUUACCCAAGCGAGUGUGCCAUGAAAGAAGCAGCCUGCUCCAUGGGUGUGCUUUUAGAAGUAAAGCACUCUGGAUCUUGCAACUGAAUCUGCCAAUAAAACCUGAGCCAUUGAUUCUUCAGAACUUUCUGCAAUUAUGACUUCAUAGCUUAUGUAUAAAAAACCAUAUUACAUAACAGCAGAUGCCAAAGAGCAUCUCACUACAAGUCACGUAAAAUGCAACGCUGUAUUAUGGCUGUUCAGAGGGCUUUGAAAACAUGCACUGAGCUGCUUCUGCGCUGUUGUUGUCCUUAUUUAAACAACAGCUCCCCUGUAUUCCCCCAUCUAGCCAUUAAUGAAGACCCCGAGGAAGAAGAGGAAGAUGAAGACCCGGACUACAACUUUCCUAUAUCUUCCAUUCUAGAGUGGUAAAACCUCCAUCACUAUUGGAACAGCCACUGGGCAAGAAAUCAAUGUCCAUACUGUAAAUAAGUGUAUGCUUAUUUAUUUUGGGGAGAAAGAAAAGUAUACAUAUAGUUGAGUCUUGUAGACAUUUAUUUAUACUGUGUCAUGUUUUAUAAUUUAUACAUAAAAUGUCUGGUUGACUGUACACCUUGUUUUUUGAAGAAAUUUAUUCGUUACGGGAAGAGCAGUGUUAUUUAUUGUGAGGUCUCUUGCUUGUAAAGUAAAGCUUUUUUUUUUUUUUUUUUUUUUUGUAAACUAUAAAAGUCCAUUCCUUAGAGCUUACCCAUAUGACUCUCAUCUCUUCUUUUCACUGCUGUUAACUCCUCUCCACUUUCACAAACUUGCAUGUCAGUUUCUGUUAUGUUUAUUUAUUGGAUUUUCUUCUUGCCCCUUCUGUACAUAAAUGAUCCCUCGGGUUUUUGUUUACAAGGAAUCUUGACUGACCAAAAGGCGCUGAUUUAAAUAUACUUUCUGGGUGCAGUGAGGCAAUCUUUAAGGACACCUCUUCCACUUAACUUUUCUCUGCUUCUAAUCACUUCAUGUACUGACAUGCUCUCAAUGUGCUGAGCAUUUAUACUGUACUAUAAGAAUUCUGGACCCAAAGAAAUUGAAUUAUGAAGGUUGUUAAUAACUACAUGGCUAACAAUAACGAGAACAACGUUCUUAUUCUUUUUUAUUUUUUGUAACUUACAUAAAUGCUUUAUCAGGUGGUUCCUUUAAGAUGGUCCUGCAAUACCAUUUUUUAAAGUUCUUUUAAACUGUCACUAAAAGGUGUAUCAAAGCUUUAUCAGUUCAAGUUUCUUGCUUUUCAUAAUACUUUUUUUUCUGAUGCAAUUUUAUAUUUUCAAACAUGGUGAGUUAAAUAUAAAUUCAUUUAAAUAUAUAGUUUUGUACUUUUCUACCAUGUAAAUGUGCAAUGUAUAUAAAAGUUAUAAUGUGUAUUUGUAAAUAAAUGAUGAGUGAACACAAUAGAAAAAAAUUGAAUUUUCCCUGUGUGCAGAACUCAAUUACUGGUUGUAAAGGGUUUGGGGAGAUUUGUCCCUGUUAUACAGAGUGGUAGGGGAAAGGGAAUUGUGAAUGUCAUUGGGAUGAAGUGGAGUUGUUCAAGGACACAGCUUUCAACUGAAAAUCAGUAUCCACAACACUUACAAUUCCAGCUUGCUAAAUACAUUUUCUUGAUCAGUGUCGCCAGUGCACUGACAACAAAUAAUUGUAAAUCCGUAUACACUUCUGAAUGAGAAUAGAUAUAACCCUUUUUUCCUUCUCUCUAUGGUAAUGAGAUAGGUUUGUCAUUAAUUGAACUGCUUUAAUUUGCAUCUUUCUGGGAUGGUUUGACUAUCUAUUUACAUUCCUACUAAGUUUCAGAUCCAUGCCAUGUUACUGGGGCACUGAGUUGAAGCUCCAUCACUAGUCAAGUGAUGGAACUUGUGUUUGUGACAAACACAAACACUCAAAGGUGUUCAAGUUAACCAAACAAAAGUUGAAGAGAAGAACCAGAACAAUAAUCACAGAACAUGGGGGAAAAAA